CCACCACCCUCGCCCAUGCUGAAACGGACUCAACCCUGUUGUUACAAACACUUUUUGACUUUUCUCGGUAAGGAGAGGGACUACUCGGCAUAGUUUCUUGUUUUUUGUGACAACCGGGGAGGUUUGGGUGCCACAAGUACCUGCUUUGAAACUUUUCAGCUCGGGAAGCUGCGCAUCUCUUCCACCCGGUUUUCUUCAGUUUACCAUCGCGCGCAAGACUGGGGUGACUGUCAAUCAGUCAUGCUGUAAACGUCUGUGCAAGGGAAACAGCGGAGUGGAACUGAAGUUUGCGGUAGGCAUGAGUGGGACAAUGCAAGGACAACACAACAGGGGACUAGAGAACCCGAGGCUGGUGCUGCUGCUGCUGUGCGUCUGCAUCGCCGCCCUCUUCCCAGGAGUGCACGCGGGUGGGAAGAAGCACAGUGGCCCAUGUGGAGGGAGAGACUGCAGUGGAGGCUGUCAGUGUUUCCCAGAGAAAGGUGCCAGGGGUCAUCCUGGGCCUCUUGGUCCUCAGGGUCCCCAGGGGCCUCCAGGGAGACCAGGGGAUCCAGGCAUCCAAGGACUAAAGGGGCAGAAAGGUGACCAUGGCCAUGGUGGCUUCAUCGGUCCAAAAGGAAAUGUGGGAAUGACUGGCGUUCCUGGGUUUUCUGGAAGCGACGGCAUUCCUGGCCACCCAGGACAAGCUGGGCCCAGGGGGAAGCCCGGUGCUGACGGGUGUAAUGGGACACAAGGAGAACCAGGCUUAUCGGGCCAACUCGGCUAUAAUGGCUCACCUGGUUUUCCUGGACAACCAGGAAAGAAGGGAGAGAAGGGAGACUCUCUGGAGCUGAGUGUGUACAUGGAGCGCUUCAGGGGAGACGCAGGGACUCCGGGAUUCAACGGAAUAUUUGGUCCUCCAGGAAACCCAGGAUGGCAGGGUAACAUAGGCAUCCCAGGGCCAAAGGGUCCUCCAGGGCCUCCAGGUCCCCGUGGACCAAAGGGCACUAUGACCAAAGUGCUUAAAGGACUCAAAGGAGACCAAGGUGAUACUGGACCACCAGGGCCACAAGGAAACUCUACUCAUCAGCAGACUCUGCCCCGUGAUGGACCCUCGGGACCUCCUGGAGCGAAAGGUCUGAAAGGAGAGUUAGGAGAUCCAGCUGACAACAAAGGAGAAACUGGUGUGAUGGGAUUUCCUGGACCACGGGGUGCAUCUGGUGCAGAUGGGAGUCCUGGACCAAGGGGUGAUCCUGGUGAACUAGGACUAAAUGGCAGAUAUGGUCCUAAGGGAGUCAGAGGUGACCCAGGAGAGCUGAUUUCAUAUGAACCCUCUAGGCCUUGGUCUUCAGGAGGUGGUCCUCCCGGUCCUCCUGGUGAGCAGGGUCCACAAGGGGAGAGGGGCCCAGUUGGAGACCAAGGCAUCCCUGGACCCCCAGGACGCCCAGCCUCUGAAUCACAGCAAUUAGUGUUGGAUUUCAUGGGGCCUUUUGGUUUUAAGGGGGAGAAGGGAGACAAGGGCCAACAAGGAGAACCAGGCUUUCCUGCUGUUAGCGCAGGACCCUCAGGCACCCGUGGGAAUCCAGGGUUCAGUGGUCCUCCGGGACCCAAAGGAACAUGGGCUGAGUUCCACAAGGGAGCUCCUGGUGGAAGAGGAAGGCCUGGCAAUGCAGGCUUUAAAGGAGUGAAAGGUGAUCAUGGGGAAUGUGAAUGUGCCAUUACAAACUCUCUGCCGGGGCCGACUGGCCCUGCUGGUGACCGUGGUGAUGCUGGGAUGACCGGAGAAUUCGGUCAAGAGGGCGAUGUAGGAGACCCAGGUCCUCAAGGAGAUGAUGGAAUCCCUGGAUCUCCUGGACUCAGUGGUCUGCCAGGCCCUAAAGGUCAAAAAGGGACCAAGACCGUGGCCACACAGAAAGGAUAUCCUGGAGAGCUAGGGGUUCCUGGGCGAGAUGGUGAACCAGGAGCACUGGGUGCUCCAGGCCGAAUUGGUUUGCCUGGUUUCCCUGGGAGCCGAGGUCUUCCAGGAGAAGCUUCCAGUGGACAACGUGGAGACAAAGGCUUCUCAGGUUUGCCAGGUCGACCUGGUGCAGCCGGUCUAAGGGGAGAACCAGGUGAAGACUUGUGGGGCCUCAAAGGCCAGCGUGGUUUGUCUGGUGACGAUGGCCAUCCAGGCUAUGAUGGAGUCCAAGGAACACCUGGCAGCCCAGGCGGCUGUAGUCCAACAGGAGAUGGAGGACAGGUGGAUGUGACAGGUAGUCCUUGCAAUCCUAUUCCAGGACCUCGUGGGCUGCCUGGACAUCCAGGAGCCACUGGAUUACCUGGUUUUCGAGGUCUUCCAGGCCCCAGAGGAUCACAUGGUCCAUUUGGAGCAAAGGGAGAGAAAGGAGAAACAGGAGAUCCAGGCAUAGGUGGCCAACCUGGACCACCAGGUUUUGCUGGGCCCCGUGGAGAAUUGGGGGUUCCUGGACGCAAAGGUUCAGCUGGAGCCCCUGGAUUGCCUGGUAUGUCUGGAAGGCAUGGGCUACAAGGUGAGAAGGGUGCUCAUGGAGAUAUCCUCGGAGCAUCUCCAGGAUACCCUGGUGACCCAGGGUUGUCUGGGCUUCAAGGGAACAAAGGCCAGUCUGGUAAUCAAGGAGAGCCAGGCUAUACGGGAAUGACUGGCAUGCCCGGCAUGAUUGGCAUCAAGGGUGAACACGGCCCUUCAGGCCUGCAGGGAGAGGAAGGGAGGUCUGGGCCACAGGGCAAAUAUGGUUACCCUGGUGAUCCUGGGACAGCAGGUCCACCUGGACUGCGUGGUAGUACUGGACAGCCAGGUUUACCUGGAGAGAGGGGAACUGAAGGAGACUCAGGCCCUCCAGGUCCAAGAGGAUUAAAAGGCAUUCCAGGGGUGCAUGGUGCUGAAGGUGUCACUGGAGAGUAUGGCCCAACGGGUGAUGGAGGACCACCUGGUUCUGAUGGGCACCCGGGACUUCCAGGAAUGAAGGGAUACAAAGGGUCUCCCGGCAUGUCAGGUUUUGAGGGGAAGAUGGGUGAUUCAGGGGUAAAAGGCUUUGGUGGGCAAAAAGGAGAACAUGGAGUGAUAGGUCAAGUUGGCCCAAAAGGAGUGACAGGUCAUCAAGGAGGGAAAGGUGAUCGUGGUUUGAGAGGACCACCCGGUCAGAAGCCUAACAUCACUGUCCAGAUGCUUGUUGACAUGAAGGGACCCAAGGGAGACCACGGGCCUCAAGGAAAUCAGGGUUUCCCUGGGCAGAGAGGUGCUAAGGGUUCCCUUGGUGUGCCAGGCUCAGAAGGAGCUCACGGACUUCCCGGAGAUCCCAGCAAUAGCAAGGGUUACGAGGGAGAUCCAGGCCCCCAGGGGUUGCCAGGAAUAAAAGGAAUGCCAGGCCUAACAGGAAAUCGAGGAAUUUCUGGUUUUGAGGGAAUGUCUGGAAACAAGGGAGGUAAAGGAAGCCCUGGUGCUUAUGGUGCUUCAGGAGAAAGCGGAAGAAAGGGUGCCAAAGGUGAGAGAGGCCCUCGUAUAGACCUUCCAGGAACAACUGGAUUGAGAGGAGAGUAUGGUUUUCCAGGAGAACCAGGUCAGCCUGGAUUAACUGGAAAAACUGGGGACAGAGGUACACCUGGUUUUGAAGGAAUCGAAGGAAAAAAGGGAGAAUCAGGUGAUCCAGGAGUAUCAGGAUACCCAGGCUCAGAUGGCCAGAAAGGAACUCCUGGUAACCAAGGUCAAAGAGGGUUUCCUGGAAUUCCUGGUAGGAAAGGACAACCAGGUUUUCCUGGCUUCCCAGGAAACAGAGGUUUCACUGGCCUGAAAGGUCUUUAUGGAUUACAUGGAUUGAAGGGACAGAAGGGUAUCCCAGGAACACCAGGUCUGGAUACCACUGGACCAGCUGGUGAACCAGGGACCAAAGGAGAGAAGGGAGAGGGUGGUGACCCCAAUGACCAACCAGGUUUUCCUGGCAUACCGGGUUCAAAAGGCUCCCAGGGACCUCUAGGUGACCGUGGUCGGCCUGGACUGCCAGGACUGUCUGGCCCUGUAGGGCCAGAUGGGACCCCAGACAGACAAGGAAUCUUAGGGGACCCUGGAUUUAAAGGAUCUGAAGGGUACCAAGGAUUCCCUGGACCCAGAGGAUUUCCUGGUGUGGAUGGUCCUGCAGGAGAAAAGGGUGUAUUAGGACUCACAGGGCUUCCUGGUGUUUCUGGAAGGAAAGGAUUCAAAGGAGAUCAAGGUCCAUUUGGAUACAGGGGGUCAAAUGGCGUUUCUGGGAAGAAAGGAGUGAAAGGAGAACAAGGAUUGAUGGGAUUUCCUGGUGUGACUGGUACGAAGGGAGAGAGAGGACCAUUUGGUCCAAAAGGAAACACUGGACCCCCAGGUUUCCGUGGGUCCCCAGGCAACCAGGGUCCUUUUCCACUUCCUAUCAAAAUUCCAGGAGAGAGAGGCCUUCCAGGACCACAGGGUAUCCAAGGACCACAGGGGGGUAGAGGGAUACUAGGGCCACAUGGCCUUCCUGGGGAUGCAGGUUUCAUGGGACCGAUUGGGCAGAAGGGCAUGCCUGGAAUUAGUGGCAGACCAGGGGUGCCUGGAUUUCGUGGAGAACUUGGACAAAUGGGCCACCCUGGGCUGCAGGGCAUGGAAGGCCGCCGUGGCAAAGCUGGUAUCCCUGGGUUGCCUGGUAUGCCUGGCCGCAGUGUCAGCGUAGGCUACUUGCUGGUGAAACACAGUCAGUCAGAACAGACGCCUAUGUGUCCUGUGGGCAUGUCUAAACUCUGGGAUGGCUACAGUCUGCUGUACCUGGAGGGCCAGGAAAAGGCCCACAACCAGGAUCUGGGUCUGGCUGGCUCCUGCCUCCCGAGGUUCAGCACCAUGCCCUUCCUGUACUGCAAUCCUGGAGACCUUUGUUACUAUGCCAGCAGAAAUGAUAAGUCAUACUGGCUGUCGACUACUGCUCCUCUUCCUAUGAUGCCCGUAGAGGAGGGAGACAUCAAACCGUAUAUUAGCCGCUGCUCAGUGUGUGAAGCUCCAUCAGUUGCCAUCGCAGUCCACAGCCAGGACAUCACCAUCCCACAGUGUCCUGUGGGCUGGCGCAGCCUGUGGAUCGGCUACUCCUUUCUCAUGCACACAGCAGCGGGAAAUGAAGGCGGAGGUCAGUCCUUGUCAUCGCCUGGCUCCUGCCUGGAGGACUUCCGCACAACUCCAUUCAUUGAGUGUAAUGGGGCCAAAGGCACAUGCCACUACUUCGCUAACAAGCACAGCUUCUGGCUAACUUCCAUAGAUCAGUCAUUCCACACUGAGCCGGCAUCAGAGACACUCAAAGCGGGCCAGCUCCUGUCACGCAUCAGCCGCUGCCAGGUCUGCAUGAAGAACUUGUAAAAGACUCUACAGUAAAGCUUACACCAAGAAGUCGUCGCAUUGACAGUGGCCUUGCAACAUCUCUCUAUCCAUGGGCUAAACCAAACAAAAGGGGAUCUGAAAUACUGAUUUAGAUUUAUGUAAAUGGGAAACUUGUCUCCACGAACCACAGAGCUCAGAUAUGCAGUGACUGUGCGAUGCCUUCAGCUUUUAGUGAAAUGUCCCGCUGUAGAUAAAACAGGAAAAGCCCCAUAAUCAAUCAGCGGCAUUAUGGGAAAACAGGUAUUUUCGUGUUAAAUGUGGAUUGGUGCUUACUGUUUAACUUAUUACCUCAGCUACGAUAACACGUUGUUAACCGUACACUACAGCUGAACCAAAGAUGCCCGUGGGAAUGCACUGCUUCAGUUCAUUUAUUUGUUUUUAUUGUUUAGUAGGUAUGCAGCCCACCAUAAAACCAUCAACACUGCAAACUCAGCAAACUGAAGAAUGUGUCUUUAAGAGGUUUGGACGAUUGUGUAUGUUGAUACUAUUGACAAUAUUAUCCUGCUUUUUUUUAUCCAUUGCUCAUAGAGCUUUUCUCUUGAGUCUUUUCAAGCGGUUUAUCUGUUCUACGCAUUAACUUUUUAAUUUCUAUCACCAUACGUUCACACAAUGCACUGAUUCUCUUUGUAUUUAUAUCAGCUGAAAGAACUUGACCCAGCCCCCAAGAGUUUGAAAGAUAUAUAUGCAUCUUAUCUAACACUACUCAUGUCACACUCCAUUACAAAUCUACUAAUUAUUGAACUGCCGCAAGCUUCCAGCAGCACAGAAUGUAAACAGCUGGGAUCAAAGGUCUCGCUGUAGCAGAUCCUCGCUGUGGUCACUUGGGUUGUAGAGUAUUUUACACAGUUCAGAAAGUUUUUCAAAUGUUCCAUUUAGAUAUGCUUGUUUGGAAAUAGACAGUUUGAUUAGACCGGACAUAUACCAACAUUUGUUUUAAUUGUAAUAUAAUUAUGGUUAUUUUCAUAACAUGACCAUUGGAUUGUAAGGAUUAAAUGUUGUUUGUUAUACUUUG